AUGCCUUCAAUAGAUAAUGAUGCCAGUGCAUCAACAGUUUCUUCAUCGAUUAGUUUGGUUAAAACCAUUAUAGGUGCCGGUUUAUUAUCUAUGCCAUUGGCGUAUUCUACAGAUGGGAUCAUUUUUGGUACAUUUAUCAUAUUACUAGCUGCUUUCACUAGUGGAUUUGGUUUAUUCUUGCAAUGUUAUGUAAGUAGAUAUGUCCCGGUUAAGCAUGCAACUUUUUUCAAUUUAUGUUCAAUCACGUAUCCUCAUUUAUCUGUGGUGUUUGAUUUCGCUAUUGCUGUUCAAUGCUUUGGUUGUGCAGUAUCUUAUUUAGUGUUGAUUCGUGAUUUAAUGCCCACUAUAGUGACUUAUGUCCCAUAUAUUGAUGAGAAACAUUAUCCACUGUUUUGGUUAUUAGUGUCCACAGUGUUGACUAUUCCAUUAUCAUUUUUGAAAAAUUUGGAUUCAUUGAAAUAUUCAUCAAUUUUAGGACUUGUGGCCAUUUUUUAUAUGACAAUUUUAGUGAUUGGACAUUAUUUUGCUGGUGAUAUUGAACGACAAGGACAAAUCACUUUAUUCCCAACUAGUGUUACUGGGGUAUUUAGCACCUUUUCAAUUAUUGUAUUUGCAUUUACCGGUCACCAAAACAUGUUUUCCAUUAUCAAUGAAGCUAGAGAUAAAUCAUUGACAAGUCUCACCAAAUUGGUCAAUUUUGCCAUUGGUAUAUCCAGUUUGUUAUUUAUUGCUGUUGGAUUAUCAGGGUAUUUGACAUUUGGUCAAGAUGUCGAUGGUAAUGUGAUUUUACUGUAUCCAAAUGGGUUAACCACCACAAUUGGUAGAUUUUGUAUUGUGUUUAUGGUUACGUUUUCUUUCCCAUUGAUGAUUCAUCCAGCAAGAAUUUCCAUCAAUAACAUUUAUCAUUGGGUAACAACCAAUUAUUUCGACAAAGACGAAGCUAAUGAAAGUACUGCCUUGCUAGGAAAUGAAUCCCAAGAAUCUCAAAUUGCCGAAGAUGAAGAACAGGGUAAAACUCACUUAUCUCAUGUCGUUCCUUUCCCUCAUAAACAUUUUGUGAUUGUCACAACAUCGUUAUUGAUUAUUGGUUAUUUGUUAGCCAUUUCUAUUAAAUCAUUUGCAUUAAUUUUGGCAAUCGUCGGUGCUUCAGGUUCGACUUCGAUUUCCUUUAUUUUGCCUGGUUUAUUUGGUUAUAAAUUAAUUGGAUCAGAGCUGGAUGAUCCAAGCACAUUAGAAGUUGCUUUCAAGAAUUUGUCUUUGGGGUUGACUUUUUGGGGUGUAGCUGUCAUGAUCUUGUGCUUAUAUAGUAGCUUGACUUUAUAA